UCUCCCAUCGUACAUUCAGUCUCUCAUAGCUUGACAGUCACUCGAUCACUGAACCUACGUUUCCUCACUCAAAGUCGUGACAUCCUCUCUCUCUCCUUCGCUCAAGCUUCAUUCAUACUCUAUUUACCCUUUGUUUUGACAAUCAGUCAUCUUCAUCAUUCGUCAUCACUUCGGGUUGCCCUCCUUCUCGUCCGUCUUCUCACACAUGGGACCACCACCAGCUGUCACGUUGACGGCCCCUCAAUCUCCCGCCAGAGCCCGUUCCGUCUCUCAAUCCGGUGUAUCUUCCUUCGUUCACACACAUUUUGAAUCCGAUGCCUCAUCCCUGGCCGCUCCAAGGUCAGGUUUCUUCCGAUCUCAGUCCACUAACUUGGUCUCACGCUCCUCCACUCUCCCACAGUCAGGCGUCCAAACGACUGCUUCCACCUCUAACGGUGGUCAAGGACGGGCGAGAAGCUCAAGUCUGGUGACCGUCACCGAGGUCGGCGGGGACGAGCCGGAGAACGUGGUUGACAGGUUGGGUGUAGGCACGAAUGAGAACGCCAACUGGGUGAAUGCGCCAGGUGCUUGGAUCAUACACCCUGUUCUUAUCUUAGUGGCCAAAGUGCUGAUAGAUGCCAUUCCGGGUAUGACUCAGGAUGUCGGCUGGACCUGUGUGAAUUUAGGAUACAUGGCCGUCUCAUUCCUCAUGUUUCAUCAUGUCACAGGUGUCCCGUUCGAAUCAACCAUUGCUACCGGAGGGGCAUACGACGAAUUGACAUUGUGGGAGCAGAUUGAUGCCGGGGCCCAGUACACACCGGCGAAGAAAUGGUUGACUAGCGUGCCAAUCGGUCUGUUUCUCAUUUCCACGCAUUACACUCGAUAUGAUUACAUUCUCUUUGCCUUGAACUUUGCUGCUCUUUGCUUCGUCUUGUUCCCCAAACUUCCAAUUCUCCACCGCCUGCGUUUCCACUUUCUACCCGCCAGUACCAACACGGAUGCACCGCCGACUCCUUUAUCCACUCGGCCCUCUACCCCAAACUCUGUUGUGGACGGCUCUGCAAUGAAACCGAAACUGCCCUGAAGUACUCGAUCGCCCUUAGACUGUGUGAUGAGACAUGAAUGAAGCGGAAUGCAAACGUAUCUGCAG